UGGCAAUAUUAUAUCGAUAGCACGUGUCGCUGUGCUCAUACAUUACCGCAGUUUAAAGAUCCGCAUUUUUUUAUGUUUUUAUUAAAUUAUUGUGAUCAAUACAAGAAAUAAUUCAAUCAACAAAAUGAAACCGAUCGAUGAUAGUGUUGAACAAAUGGAGAAUCUCCGUGUUAAUUUACUGACGCAGGAGAUAAAAUUUGCCAAAAUGUUGGCAGGCAAUACGUUCGAUGGUGCUCUCAAGGAAAAACACAUUGAUAAAUUGGCCAUUUGGCUGAAAAACCGAGCAGCCUGUACAGAAGCGUUUACCGAUAAAGACUGUAUGCGAAUUUGGAAGGGAUUGUUUUACAGCAUGUGGAUGUCGGACAAACCAAUACCACAAGAAAAUUUGGCAAACAAAAUCUCCGCAUUACUACAUACCUUCGAUCGAUUUGAAGUAAGCCUUCAGUUCUUUGCCGCGUUUUUAAGAACCAUGGCAAAUGAAUGGAAUGGCAUCGAUCAAUGGCGUAUCGAUAAGUUCUUGAUGUUGGUACGUAAAGUAACGCGUGAAUUAUUGCGCAGCGUACAAAAUAAUAAAUGGAACGAUGAAUCGAUCGAAAAAUUGAAUGAAACUCUUAAGAAAACGGUGCUCGGUUCAGAAUUUCAUGUGCCAAGAGGUUUAUUCAUGCAUUUAACUGAACUUUACUUCGAGGAAGUAGCCAAGGUUUCAGCGGGCGAAUUGGCAACCGAAGUGAUAACAAAACUUUUGAAACCAUUCAUGUUCUACGUUGCAUCACAGAGUGAUUACAAACUCAUUCAGUUUGUGGUUCGUUCGGUUUUCAAUCAUCUUCUGUUUCAAAGUGAAAGUGGUCGCGAAUACAAAGAAAAAUUCGAUGCAUGGAAAUCGAUGAAUUUCCCGGGAAAAACGAUCAACGAUUUGGUUCGUGAGGAAUUGGACGAAAAUGGCGAAGACGAAAAUGGUGUAGAGGAAAAUGGCGAAGAAGACGGUGAUGACGAUAUCGAUGAACAAAUCCAAGAAACCGGUGCACUAGAUCCUCGAGCUGGCCGAGUCGAUGUUGUAAUGCAUGAGAUCAAAUUUGAUCCGCUUGAAAUUGUUGGCCACCUUGAAGAGUUAAAAUACAAAAAAUUCACGCGUGUACGAAAUCGUAAAUGCAUCGAUCGCAUUGUAACAACGUACCGAAAAUUCGCUGGCGGUGUAUUUCCAAUCGGUAUUCAAAAAUUAAAAGUCAACAGAGAUGAGUUGGAGCUUCCAGAUGUUGAUGAAAAGGCCGAAGAACUAGCUGAAUUUGAAAAUGAAUUAUACGGCAAACAACGUGAAUUGAAACAAUUGAAUAAGCGAAAACGAAAGAAGAUCGUUUCGGAUGCGGAUUUAUUCAAUGAAUUUCAAUUAAAAUCGAAUAAAGUGGCGAAAAUUAAGCACGAGGCCAAUGUAUGGAAAGAAGAAGAUAUGAGUGUUGAGAAUUCGGUAUGUACACCGGCAAAGAAAGCGAAAAAAGCGAAAAAAGCGAAAAAGAAUGAAUUGAAAGAAUCCAAUGACAAUAUCGCUGAGACGCCAAAAAAAUUAAAAAAACAUAAGAUUUCAGACUGGGAAAAGCCAUUGGAGAACGGUGAAGUGGAAUAUUUCAUUCCAUCGAAAAAACAACAAUUGAAUGGUGUUCCACGAGUGACAAAAACUGUUGACACGACUACAGCACAUGUAAUCACACCAGCCGGUAAUGAUAAAUCGAAAGUUAAUGGCACCGAAGAAAAUGUAACGCCGAAAAAAUCAUCGCAUUUAAAAGUGAAAAAAUCAAAACCAAACAAUGAAACAACACCAAUUGUCGCCAAUGUUAUUUCAACCGAAAUGACACCGGAAUCAAUCAAAUCACCGAAAACAUUGAAAUCAACGGAAAAAAAGGUAAAAUCCACUUCGAAGUUAGCACAAUCAAAAACCUCGACUCCAAAUAUUUUUGUAGACAAAGCCGCCGGCACGCCAUCAUCCGAAAAAAGGGUCAAAAUCGCAUUAAAAAUGAAUAAAUCACAAGAGGUUAUCGAAUACAUACGACAACUUAAACAAUCGCCGUAUCCAUAUGAUUCGGCUAAAAAACCUUCGAAAGGUGUUUUAAAACCGAACUUAGCGCCAAGCCCAAUUAAUCCAUUUUAUAAACGAUUAAUUGGCUUAGAAUAGUUAUAAAAUUCAUUAAAUUUAUGUAAUUCACCGAAACAAAAAUGAAAUAUUCAAUAAAUUUUAUUACAACGAUGAGAAGACAAAAAUAAAUCAAA